CUGUUUGGAACUGUUCAUAAUAUCCGAUAAGCCCCUCUUUCUUUAUCUCUCUUCGAAACCCCCCAUUACAUUUCACUCCCACACAGAGCUCUGGCUAUGGCUUCCAUGUCGAUGGACAUAGCCACUACUUUCAUCGGACUAGCCAAGCUUCAGACCACCCCACGCUCCAGGGUUCGAGCCUCUGUCUUCCCUCUCCUAUGGAGAUCCAAAUUUCGCAACUCUCACAGUCUCCGAACCAUCUCUAUCCAACCCAGAAUCGUCUCUAUUGACUUGUCCAAAUCAAACCCAUUCUCUCGCCGGUUCACGGCGGCGGCCGCCACGGCGACGCCGCAGACCGACGGUUCCGAUGUUUCCACGAAAAUUCCGCCCGACGACAGAGUUCCUGCUACUAUAAUCACUGGGUUUUUGGGUUCUGGAAAGACAACUUUAUUAAACCAUAUCUUGACUGCGGAUCAUGGCAAACGCAUUGCAGUGAUUGAGAACGAGUAUGGUGAAGUAGACAUAGACGGUUCUUUGGUUGCAGCAAAAGCUGCUGGGGCUGAGGACAUUGUUAUGCUCAAUAAUGGGUGUCUCUGUUGUACAGUGAGAGGUGAUCUUGUGCGGAUGAUUGCUGAAUUAGUCGAUAAGAAAAAAGGGAAAUUUGAUCAUAUUGUAAUUGAGACUACAGGAUUAGCAAAUCCGGCACCAAUCAUUCAAACAUUUUAUGCUGAGGAUCAGAUUUUUAAUGAAGUUAAGCUAGAUGGUGUAGUCACUUUGGUUGAUGCCAAACAUGCUGAUUUUCACCUGGAUGAUGUUAAGGCAAAGGGAGUGGUCAAUGAAGCAGUAGAACAAAUUGCUUAUGCUGACCGUAUUAUAGUAAACAAGACUGAUCUUGUUGGUGAGCCAAACAUUGCUUCUUUAAUUCAGCGGAUAAGGAGCAUAAAUCGUAUGGCUCAUCUGAAGCGGACCCAGUUUGGGAAAGUUGAUUUGGAUUAUGUUCUUGGGAUCGGAGGCUUUGAUUUGGAGAGAAUCGAAAGUGCUGUCAACACUGAAGGUUCAAAGGAAGAUCAUGGUAGCCACGAUCACGAUCACGAACACGAACACGAUCAUGAACACCACCAUCUCCAUGACCACAAACAUGAGCAUCAUGAUGACCACCAUUCCCAUGAUCACAUUCAUGAUCCUGGAGUUUCUUCAGUCAGCAUAGUUUGUGAAGGGAGCUUGGACCUUGAGAAGGCUAACAUGUGGCUGGGUACAUUGUUGUUGGAACGAAGUGAUGACAUAUAUAGGAUGAAAGGUCUCCUAUCCGUUGAGGGUAUGAAUGAGCGAUUUGUCUUUCAGGGAGUUCAUGAUAUAUUCCAAGGUUCACCUGAUCGGUUGUGGGGUCCCGAUGAACCAAGAACAAACAAGAUUGUGUUCAUAGGGAAGAACUUGAAUGCACAAGAAUUAGAGAAGGGUUUUAAGGCUUGUUUACUGUGAUCCUAUCUAGCAAUUAGCCAUUGUGAAUUUCUUAUGGGUGAAUUAAAUUGUAUGGCUAUUUGAGUGGUACUUUUUGCCACUUGGGGUGUAAGUUUUAGUAUGCAAGUAAUUAUUCCACUCAGUUUUUUUUGAAGAUGACGUGACCGAGUUCUUUAUUUA